UCCAGCGCCAGCCACCCCCGGUCUCCUUGUUCCGUAGAAGUAACAUUAGAAAACCUGCCAAAAUGCCUGUUGAUCUGAAUGGAUACUGGAAAAUGGUCUCCAAUGACAACUUUGAGGAGUAUAUGAAGGCACUUGAUGUGAACGUUGCCAUCAGAAAAAUUGCCACUCUACUGAAACCGGACAAGGAAAUCACCCAUGACGGAGACCACAUAACGAUCAAAACCCUUAGCACUUUUAAGAACUACAACAUGGACUUCUAUGUGGGCAAGGAGUUUGAGGAGGACUUGUCUGGCGUGGAUGACAGGAAGUGUAUGACCACAAUCACGUGGGAAGGAGAUAAGUUGGUAUGUGUUCAGAAGGGGGAGAUUGAAGGCAGAGGCUGGACCCACUGGGUGCAAGGAGAUGAACUUCACCUGGAACUGAGAGCUGCAGGUGCUGUUUGCAAGCAAGUUUUCAAGAAGACCUAGGGCAGCCUUUAUGAACUUCUUUGAGGACACAUUCCACUGCUCGCCUUCUGUUUUGUCCAUUUAAAUGCCUGUUGCUGCCUGGCAACAGAUGCACUUUGAUAAUCCCAUAUACAUUUAUACCCAGAUAUACCCAAUUUUAUUUCAUUUUCAAGGUGGAAUCUGCACUGAUUUUGGUCUACAAGUGUUUUAAGCUUGCUGUUGUGUGCAAUAGUAGUGAUAAAUUAUAAGAAUUGCAUUGAAAUUGUCUGCAUGAAAAUACUAUAUGUGUAAAUAUGUUGUAUGCCCAAUUCCAUGUGAAUUGUGUCAUUAAGUAAUAAUAAAUAAAGCAAAACUGAAACCAU